GCAGCUGUAGGCCGACUGCCUGUUUGCCACGUCAUCGUCCACCAGGGAAAGAAGAGCAGAGAAUCGGGACGCUAUCCCCAGGGGCUGCGCUUGCAGAACCCAGGAACCCAGGAGCUCACCAGGACGCCCCCUGCUAUCCUCCCCGGGACCUGCUUUCUUCCUUCGCCCAGACCUUGAGAGCAAACGCCCCAGGCAGAGGCGUUGUAACAGCCACCCUUGGACAGCGCAGCCCUCGAAACAGAAAACGAUUCUCCGGCAGCGGCCACCAGAGGGCACCUGUGGGCGACGCCCUGGGCUGAACCCUGCGAAAAGAAAAAUCGUGAGAGGCGGGGCCAGGGGCUGGAGCGGCGGAAAAGCCCUUCGCUGCUCUCGGCAAUUGUGCCUUUUUAGCCAAGAAGUAUGGAGGUGAUUCAUGGCAGGCCCUACUGUUGCAGGGAGUUAGAAAGAGCUGACAUUCUCUCAGACACUUUGUUCUCUGAUGAACUGCACACUCCGCUACUAUCAACCACUCGCCCAACUGCCUCAGAAGACAGGUAUCAGGAAUUAAAGGAGUCACUCCACCAAUGUAAGCUUCCAUGGGGUGCUGAAAGGGAAUAUGGUGGGAUUAUACCGAUUUCGCUGCCUGAUGAACACAGGCCAAAAUAUGAACCUCCUUGUGUCAUGAGCAAAGGACAUCAGCAUUAUGGAUUUGGUGGAGAAACCUGGCCAAGAAAACUUCCUAUUGAACAAUACUAUUAUUUGACACAGAACCAAAAAAGUGACGUCUAUGGAAAUGAUUCCUUGUUGCCCAAACCAUCUAAUUCAACAAUAAGCGAAAUCUGCUUACCAUAUCCAAUUGAUCACCCUUACCAUACACACAUCUCUCGUGGAGCCAUGUUCCCGACCUUUACGUCACCUAAGGAGCUCUACAAUGGUAUUAAAGCCUGCACUCACCAGCCAUUUCCUCCCACGGUGCCAACCAAGACCUAUGAUUCAACGAUUUUGAAGACAAGAGGUAAUCCUUACAGAUACGAACUGCUUGAUUUUCCCACGGAUUCAAAGAAGAAAUCAUUGGUGUGGCCAGGUCAGGAUGUGUAUUAUGAUAUUCCUAAAUGUGCAGAGAAAAAUAAGCCAACAUUCUAUCCAAAACCACCUAAAACUUUCGCUCCCAACACUUCUUUAAAUACAUGGGAUGUUCUUAAGUCCAUAAAAGAAGCCAACAUACGAAGAAAUCUUGAAAGGUCCCAUUGGAUCUCUUCAUACAAUCAUGAUUUUACAGGUCUGGGACCCAUGAACCCCCUUGAACUGGAUGAUUACCACGAAAAGGAGGUAGCAGAAUUAACUGGACAGAAAGGAUUUGACGCACAGCCUCAAGAAAAAUUCCACUCUAUUUUAAAACCCUCCAGACCCCUGGAAGGGCGAAUCGCCCGACUUACUCAGAAUCGACGUCCUCUGGAGGCUAUUAUCCAGCAAAGUCCACGUUCCUGUCCAGAUUGUACCCCUAAUGUUUUGUGUACUUUUCAUACCUUUAUACCCAGUUCUGUAGAAAUGAUGGCACUAAGUGAUAAUAUACCAGCUGGCGUGAUCCAUAAAAACCAGGAUAUUGAAGAGAAGAUCAAGGAAGAACAAAGCUUACUAUCUAACUACUCACUCAAACCUUCUUACUCAACAAAGGAUCUGACUAGCAUUUAUGACAUAAAACCAUUUCCAAAAAUCACAGAUACUAAAAAGACAGAAGAUUUGUACUGGAGACAGCUGUCAUCAAAACCCCGACCUAUAUCUUACUGUAAAUCAAGCGAAUACAUUCCCUAUGAACGCUCUAAAUCUACCCUACACAAUCCAUAUAAUAUAUGUAGAAACCGGGUUAGCUUUGCUAAACCUAGUCUUUUACAAACCAAACCAGACAUGGAAAUAAUCAAUUUAGAACGUAAAUAUUUAGGUAAGCCAGAAGAACAGCUGGGCUUGAACAUGGAAAAAAACGAAGAAAUAAGAUCUACUCUGGGUUGGAUUCCUAAAGCUGGAGUGACCAAGCCUCAGACCAACCUUCUGGAUCUUAAGAACUCUUUCUCAAAAACUGGUGCACAAAAACGUUUCUAUAAAUCAAUUCUAGACGACCAUAAAGACCUUAGGGAUAAGGUGAAUUCAGGGAUGAAACACCAAUUCUAUGGCCAUAAUUCCUAUGAUUUCUAUAAUUGAGGUAUUCCUUCUUCCCUUCAAAACCCAGCCUCUUGCAAGAAAAAAAAAAUAUUCCAGAAAUUCCUUCAUUUUGCUGGCAUAUGUUUCUAGAGUAAGCCAUAAUAACCUCAUUAAGGAGGUUUAUGUUUUCAGGAAUUUAAGUUAGGACCUAGUCAGAAGAACCAAGAAAAGGUGAUGUUUGAUGUCUUGAAAAAAGUUUGAGUAAUUUGGCAAUAAAACAUUACUACCAGAAAAAUGUAUACUCCAGUCUCAUCUUCAAAUUAUACUCUAAAGAAGUUUUCCAAAAUUUCAUGAAAAGCAAUGUGUACAACAAAGUUUACAUCAUCGUUUUACAGAAAGUACAAAUUUGAAAAAACUCAAAUUCUCAAGAAUUGAGAAAUGAUUAUACAAUCUGUUGUACCUUAAUUAAAUAAAUGUGAAUCCUGUCCUUUUA